CUGUUCUCCCCCCCCUCUCUGUCUCUCUCUCCCUCUUUCCUCUCAGUGUCUCUCUUUCUCUCUGAACUGACCUCAAAGAGGGGUGGACCACGGACCGGGCCGCCGCGACGCGAGCCCUACCUACCUCUCUAAGUCAGUCAGCGUUUGUGAGACGGCACAUGUAGCGUGAACCCUUUCCAAUGCUCGGACAUGGAUCUAACCUGUGACAGGAUACUGGGAUACCAGCGGCUGAGGAAAGGCUAAUCGUGGGAAUGGUCUCUCUGAGAUGAUUAUAACUACCUGCCUGAUGCGUUGCCUCCUCUUCCUGAAGUCCCGGACUCCGGCUCAGUCCUGAGCUCCGUUGACAUACCGGCCCGCUGCCUCCGCAACCCGGCCUUCCGCCACGCCUCCUCGCGCUACUGCUCCGCCCUCAGCAUGGACUCCUCGCCCGACAGCGCCGAAAGGCCGAUCAGCUACAGCUCCACCUCUUCCUCCGCUUCGUCCCGGGACAGUCACUGCUCGCUGGGCAGCCGCUCCACCCUUGUUACUGCCCCCCACUGUAACCCGGUGACCUCAGACAGGGACUCCGGGGCGAUUCGGUUGGAACUGGUCCCGGCCCGGCAGCUGGGAUGCCGGGAGGAAGAUGACAGAAAUGAUGGCAGGGUGGACACAGGGAGGGGACAGGGGAGACAGGGCAGUGUGCAGACACUGACAGAACAUUCAGAGCCUGAGCUGGGACCAGAUGCAGGAGAGCGAACGGGUCAGGUGCAGGGACCCAGGACGUAUGUGGACCGGGUGGUGCAGGAGAUACUGGACACAGAAAGGACCUACGUCCAGGACCUGCGAAGCAUUGUAGAGGACUACUUGGAGUGCAUCAGUAACCAGUCCCGGCUGGCCUUGAGCUCUGAGGAUAAGGGCUCGCUGUUCGGCAACAUCCAGGACAUCUACCACUUCAACAGGGACCUUCUUCACGAUCUGGAGAAGUGCAACGCUGACCCUGUGGCCAUCGCAGAGUGCUUCGUAUCCAAGAGUGAAGAGUUCCACAUUUACACUCAGUACUGCACCAACUACCCACGGUCGGUGGCGGUGCUAACAGAGUGCAUGAGGAACAAGGUGUUGGCCAAGUUUUUCCGUGAGCGCCAGGAAUCUCUGAGGCACUCCUUGCCCCUGGGCUCCUACCUGCUCAAGCCAGUGCAGAGGAUCCUCAAGUAUCACCUCCUGCUGCACGAGAUAGCCAACCACAUGGAGAAGGACACAGAGACUUAUGAGGUGGUGCAGGAAGCCAUAGACACCAUGCAGAGAGUGGCCUGGCACAUCAACGACAUGAAGAGGAAACACGAGCACGCUGUUCGGUUGCAGGAAAUCCAGAGCCUGCUGACCAACUGGAAGGGCCCUGACCUGAUCGGCUACGGAGAGCUUGUUCUCGAAGGAACGUUUCGUCUGCAGAGAGCCAAAAAUGAAAGAACUCUCUUCCUGUUUGACAAGCUUCUGCUCAUUACCAAGAAGCGAGAAGAAAUCUACACAUACAAGGCUCACAUACUGUGCUGCAACCUGAUGCUGGUGGAAGUUAUUCCUAAAGAACCACUGAGUUUCAGUGUGUUUCACUACAAGAACCCCAAACUUCAGCACACUGUCCAGGCCAAAUCGCAGCAAGACAAGCGCAUGUGGAUCUUACACCUCAAGAGACUCAUACUUGAAAACCAUCCUGCCAAAAUCCCAGCCAAGGCAAAGCAAGCAAUUCUGGAGAUGGAUGCAAUGCAUCAUCCCGGGUUUCAUUACAGCCCAGAUGGAGAUAAGAAGGAUUCCCCUCAGACCAAGGAGGGUCCUACCCCUCGUAGAGGACGCAGGAAAGAACCUCUAUCCAAAUUACUGAAGAAUGCCAAGCAAAAUGCUGCCAACGCAGACGGUGAAAAGAGAACAAGUCUGGGCGCCACCCUGCUCUCACCAGUGUCUCAGCUGGCUUUGGGCACGAUCGGCCGUAGCCGCAGCCUCAUCAACCAAUCACAGGAGUCCCUGGACCCUGGUGAUCACUAUGACCACAGUGACAGAGAAGAGGAGCAACAUCAGCAAGAUGCUGAUGAUGAAGAUGACAGUGGCUUGGGAGGUGGAAAGCAGCUGCGAGUCCCUGGCAAAAGCAGCAGGAAGAGGCUAAACCCUCAGGCAUCUGUCGAUAGUAUAGAACAGUGGAAAACCUUCAACAUGAGCCCUUCAGACCUACAGAGAGCCAGAGAAUCCCUCGUGAGGGAGGGAAGUCACCAUCCGCCACUCCUCAGGACACCUCACGUGAUGGAGGAACCUCCAGAGUCACCCAUUCCCUCUGUAAUAGUCACAGAAAGUGACCAUUCUGUGAGGAAUAUCUGGGCAGACCACCGUGCUCGCAGGGCCAUGUUCCCGACCCGCCAGAGAACCAUGCAGCCUGACGAUGAGGAUGAGGACAUCUACCAGAUGUUUGUCCCCACAGAGCCAAGCGGACCGGAACCAGAGGCGCCCUCAGAGAGGUCAGAGGCUAGUUCAUCGCCAAAGACAGCUCGGCCCUGCAGCUGGCACGUCGAACAGGUUCCCACUGUGCAGAUUGACCCUCCAGUCAAUGGCGGCAGGGUCCUGCGGAGGGCAAGCAGUGCAGGGGAGAAGGCCACAGAGGCUCGACAGAGUCCUGACGAUGAACAGCCCGGUCAUAGCAACUUGGAAGUGAUCAACACUGAAUCAUCCAGCAAUGACAUAUCUGGAUCGUCCUCAGCCGAGCAGCUGACGAUAGACGAUAUUGAAAAUGUGUAUGACAACAUCAGCUAUGAGGACCUAAAGAGCAUGGGCCUCAUCAGAAGAGACCCUGAGGAAAGCGAGGCACGCAAAGAAACAUCUACAGAUUUGCAGGGUUCACCCGGCAAAGCAGCAAGGGUACUAAGUGCUCCAAAGGCUCCAGCGGCCAUGGAGCCUACAAUCGAACCAGAGAGCUCCUCGGAUAGCAACAGGUCCUCUACACAGGAGGGGAGGCCAUUUGGGACACGUGACCUGAAGAUAGUAGAGGAGAACAUCUAUGACACCAUCUGUUUCAGGGAGCCCCCAUCAACAGAGCUUAGAGGAAUGAAUGAAGGCAACAAACACAAACAGGACAGCCUGCUGGCCUCUGAACAAGACCUCACUGAAAGCCUUAGAGGGUUUGUGUCCGAGGAGAGCCUCCACUUUGGAGAGGAUGAAGGACUAGACACCUCCCACCCUGCCCUGUGCUCCUCUGAGCCGGAUUAUUCCUCCUCCUCUGCUUCUGAGACUUUCUCUCAGCGCUCACAGAAAGGGGAUAAGAUGUCAGAGCAGGUUGACGAGAUCUGGAACGACCUGGAGAACUACAUCAAGAGCAAUGAGAAGAAAGCUGAUAGACUCCCUGCUGCCUUCCCUGUUAGCGCCAGUGAGUCGCCUAAGAAGGUGUCAUCAGUCAAAAACAGCCCUACAAAGAGCUCUGUUGUAAUUAGUCCUCAAGCAGCCAGCCCUCCAACCAAGAGUCCCCCAACACAUCAACCUAAACCCCCACCUGUCUCGUCCACACCAUCAUUCACCAUCCCAGUCAUCAACCUCCCUGACCUUCCAAGUGAAGGAACCCCUGCAGAAGAAAACCAUAGCCCUCCUCCUGCGUCACGCCCCCUUCCUGUCACCCCAGAGCCUCUCCCAGGCACAGUUAAGUACAUGCGUAAAAGACUGGCUCGCCUCAGCAGCGGCAGCUUCCGCCUAGAGGACGAAGACCUGGUGGAGCUUCCUCAGCGAAACACACCUCAGAGGGAUAAUAAUCCCCUCAAGGACCUUCAUAGCUUGUUUCCAGGGGAGCUGGCAGGUCUGGACUCACCCCUGGCCUCCUCCUCCCUCCUGCUGAGUGAAUCUGUGGACUUCCCCCUGGAACUGAUGGAUAAAUCAAAGAGCCGGGUGUUCCUGAUGGCACGGCAGUAUAGCCAAAAGAUCAAGAAAGCCAACCAGCUUCUGCGCAUGAGGAGCAUGGACCCUGGAGACUCCUGUAGCCGGGCCAGAGCUGAGAAGAAGCAGAAAGAUCUGGCAGCCAUCUUGGAAGAGAAGAAACAAGGGGGCGCCGCCAUAGGUGCAAGGAUAGCAGAGUACGCCCAACUCUAUGACCAGGUAACGUUUAAGGAUCCUCCUGGUCCAGCUGGUCAGACCUCUGCUACCCCACAUCACACCCAUCCAGGGCUGCCAUCCUCUCCAUCCAUGCCUGAGACCUCCCUGGAGGAGGACUGGCUCCACUCCACUUACAGCAACGGAGAGCUGGCCAGCUUCGUCUCCUCGUCCAGCGAGGUGGAGGACGCUCGAGUGUCUUCUACCCCGCAUCGCAGACUUACCUCCUCCUGCUCCAUCCCUUCCCUCCAGACCUUCCCCCCCUCUCCGACCAGCCCACCGUCCCAGAGAUGGAGCAUGUCGACACCGAGCGAAAAAGAGGAGCAUGUGUACAGUUCCAUUAAGAGACAUCCCUCCUUUAACUCUCCGUCCUUGCCGUCCUCGCAGCCUUCCCCAUCCAGUCACUGUCAGUCAACCUCCUCUCUGGCCAGCCAGCAGCAGGAGAAGAAGUGUAACGGACCCGCUGUGGCUCGAUCCACAGACAGACUCCAUGGCCCCAGUCUGGGUCGUGCUGGUCGGCAGAGUAGCCUCCCAGAGCGUUUCACCCAGGGACAGUCAGACCUCACUUUACACGACGGUCAACAGGUGGUGGUCCUGAACCGGGCUUCUGCACUGAGCAUACUCAACGCCACCGAGAACUACCUGGCAAAUUUUAAGGACAAUGGGGAAGACGACGAUGACUAUGUAGAGAUCCGCUCGGAGGACGAGAGCGAGCAGGAGCAGGACAGGUUGGCACGGCGAAACGGCAGCUCAACGGUCCUGUCCAAUCAGAACCGGGGUCUGGUCCACUCCCAGAGUCUGCCGUGCACACCGGUGCGCUCCUGCGACCCGCUCAGGUCUCUGGACCGCGAGCAGCUGGAGAAGUACCUGUGGAGUGAGCCGCAGCAGAGCCAACCCAAAAUCGUCCAGUCGCUGAGGGAGAAGUUUCAGUGUCUGAGCUCCAGCAGCUUUGCCUGAGUCUGUAUGACAACUGAAAACCAAAUAUAUUAAACAAACAGCAUACUGCAACACAAGGGACUCUGCUGCUUUGCCUUGAAUGCCCUACACCGUUCAACAUCAUAGUCCACAAACAAUAAAGUAUAUAGAUCAGAAGUGAUUUCUCAGAUGAAUUUGUAACAACUUAUGUGAACACCUACAACUCUCUGUUACAGGGCUUCAAUGUAAAAUGCACAAUAGGUUAUUAUUAAUAUGCCACAUCAAAGCCUGCAUGUGAGCUGCCUUAGCACUUCCAGGUUCAGACCGUGUUUCAAAGAGAUCAAAGUUAGCAACAGCUGGUCGAAGCAAAGGGUUUUAAUGUUCGAAGGAAUUCUUCUUCUGUUCCUUCAGAAGAGCCUUGUGGAGAUGCUUGGAGUCUGAGGGAUUGAUUCUGCUGGAGGACUUGUGCCAAUGAACUGUUGUACCCUUCAGUACUUCAGGAUAUCUGUUACUGAUUGCAAGAAAUAGAAUCCCUUCUGUGCCCAACACCUCAAACUGAAGUACAAGCAUCAAACAUCGGAUGAUCUCUCCUUGUCGAGCUCUUUCUUUUAAUUUGCCGUUAAGGUUAUUCUAACUGCAUCUUCAGCACUAGUUAAUCUUAACCUGUAUAGCAGCAGUGAACCACGGUGGCGGCUAGUGUUUUUAAUUGUGCUUACACUCGGACUGAACAAGCAGCAGCUUUAAUUUGCAAUCUUCAGAUUUGCUACUCAGGCUAGAUUGUCACUUUUAACAGCUUUUUAGCAGUAAGUGUAACAAACACGAUGCAACUGUAAAGAAAACAUGAUUGCUAUUACAAGAUCCAAUAAGUUAAGUAUAAGUGGACUUAGACCUGUAAGUCUAUUUGAAGUAUUUCACUCUCUGCCUGCCACCUUUUUGUCAUCCAUAGGGUAUCACGCUUUAAACUCAAGAGAAGAUGCUGAUAUUUUAGAGAAUCUAUAAGGAACCGUAGAACUUGGUAUUUAUUUUAAAUCUGUGAGCAAAUCAGAUGUUUUUACGUGUUCUGGGGACAUCCAUCAUGAAAAGUGAAAUGUGCAUCUCAACAAGCGGAUAAUGUUUCGUUUUGUUUUUUAAAUCAUUACUAAUUUUAACCUUUGUCAUGAAGAGGGACCACGAAGGAGAGUAUCAAAGAGGGAUAGUCUAAAGUCUACAGUACUGUAUUUGGUGUAUAUAUAUAUUUUUUCAGAUGGAUAGCCGACUGUUUGUUUACGUUUUGGGACACUGUCACACUACUGAUAUUGCAUCCACAGUCACAGAUAGGUUCUUCAAUAAGGUCCAUAACACAAGUGUUUUCUCCCCCCUUGAACACACAACCCCACACCCACUUUAACUGUCUUCUCAAACAAUCACGAAAGGUGUCCUAUUUAUUUUAUCCCUGUUAUUUUGGCCCUCGUCACUUCAAGCCACAGACAAGUUGUAAAAUAAAGUAAGAUGUAUUUAUUAAAAGAUGGGUUUUAUUCAGAUUUAGGGGCGUGAACAAAAAUUUGAAUCAAAUACUGUGAAUAUUUUCAGAAGUGGGUUUUCUAUCACGCACUGCUUAAGUUCCAAAUCACAUCAACACGUGAAAAGUUGAAAAGCACAAUAUCACGGCCUACUGUUCAUAUCAGGAAAUGUGCAUCAAAAGCAAGUUAGGAAUAUGAAGUAUGUUUUUUUUUUCAUUGUACAUUUUUUGUCCUGUUUCACUGGUGGGGAUCGUCAGUCUUCAUUGACUCUGUUUUGCACUUUUCUGUCUUUUUUACGUUUUAUUUGUAAACACUUUGUAAAGAUGUACAUUUUAGGAAAGUUAUUCUUGUAUGCCAUAGGUAUGCUUUAUAAUGCUUUAAUGUUUAAGUUAAGUGUACUGUAUUUUUUUAACUGCCUAGUUGUCAUUGCUCAACAAAAUGUAUUGGAGGUAAUAAAUUCAGAUUA